CUGCUGUUUCCGUGUGUGCAGUUUUGCCUGAACUUAGUCCCCAAGUGUACAGAUGAAUUAUGGCUUCGCGACAUAUUCCUUAUACGGAUAUGUCAGAUAUGGGUCGUGCAGCUCAAGAGACGGAGAUGCAACGUGCUGCUAAUCAACAGCUAAUUGAAGAAGGUAGAAUAAUUAAGCAUAAAGAAUUAGAAAAGCAGAGGCGUGAAGAGGAGAAUGAUGAAGACAGUAGCAGUGGACGUCCUGAUGUUAUUAUCAAAGUUAACUCUAGUGGUACAUCACGGUUGAGUAGUCAGCGUUCUUCUGUUGAUUUUGCAUCAUCAAGUAGUUCAAGGAAUUUAGAUGCUCGUGAACUACGUACACAAUUAAUACAGUUGGAAGAGAAAGUGAAAGGUGCAAUGUUAUCCAAUGUUCAAUUGGAUAAUGAUAAACAACUAUUAAAAUAUGAAGUUGAUCUACUGAAAGAUAAACUCGAAGAUCUUACAGAUGCUUAUGCCUCCUUGAAUAAGAUUUUCUUGGAGAAUAAACGGGAAUUAUCCUAUCAAAAAAUGCAAAUCAUCGAGCUAACUCAUCGUCUAGAGUAUGCACGUCAUCAAGUUGAAGCACGUGACCAAUUGAUUGUUGAGCAUGGUUUAGUAUUGGUGGGUGGAGCUUCUGCUGAUAGUGUUACGUCAUCAGCAACGCAAUUGACGUGUUUAUCUAAAAAUGACGAAUCUGUGUCAGGAAAUAAAUCAAAGUAUAAUAAUGAUAAUGAUAAUACAAAAAUGAUGAUGAUGAAUGGCCUAUCGAAUAAUCAUUCCAAAUCGAAUAAUUCUCAUUUGCCUUACUCACAUCAGAAUAAUAAUGAUGAUCAUAAUGAUAAUAUGGAUCAUACUAAUGGUAGUGGUAAUGCUAAUGAUCAUGAUAAUAAUAAUGAUAAGAGAAGGCCUCGUUUGCCUGAAAUGGUUCUUAUUACAAAAUCUACAGCUGAACUAUUAAAUACCUUGUCAGAGACAACAUUAGAUAAACAAAUUCAACAAUUAUUCAGUAUACGAUCAGAAUUGGAUGCACGUGUUGAAGAAUUAGAAUCACAGUUAAGAGAAGAACGUAAACGUUCAGAAGCACCAACUCCGCGAUAUGAUUCUAGAAAUCGUGUGAAUACAGCAAAUACAGAAGAUAUAAAACAUGAAUUACAACAAACCCGUAAUCAAGCUCAAGAAUAUAAACUCAAGUAUCAUGAAUCAUCUCAGAGGAUUUCAGCUCUGGAAAGUGAUAUUGUACGUUUAGAAGGUCAAACAAAACGAUAUAAGGCAAUUGCAGAUGCAUGUGAAGAACAAGAAGAAGUAUUGAAACAAGAACGACGAAAAUGUCAACGUGAACUUCGUGAAGUCCAAUCAAAAUUGGAAGAUUUAAAGUCAGAAAAUGCACGACUUCAACGUAUAGUGGAUAAAUAUAAUCGUGCUUCUGUUGCUCCUGGUGGUGGUGGUGGCGGCGGUAGUACUUUAACACCAGGCGGGAAUAGUGCACGUCAAGCUCGUGAUUCAUCUGUGAAUAGAUAGAAGAUACACAUCUACAUAAUACAUAUACACACGAACAUACAUACAUACAUGUACCUAUGUGAUAUUUGUUUACUUUUAAAAUGCUUUCCCGCCCUCCCCUUACCACCAGCACCUCGAAAAUUGGUUUUUACUAGUUUUAAAGAAAAAGAAAGGAGAAAAGUAGCUGCCGGUAGCCAGAGAAAGAAUCCUGUAUGCUUCAUCUCGUAUACAAAUAAGCGUGUGUGUUUGCAGAUCUCUGUGUGAUCCCAAUGUUUCCCCUUUUUUAUUUUUAAUAGCAUAGCAUUCAUCGUUAUUAAUUAUUAUCUUUUUUCCCACUGAUCACCUGUAUCUUUUAACCUUUGAAUGAAAGGAAGACAAAAAGAGAAGAAUAGAAAUGACCAGUAAAUUUCAUCGCUUUGUGUACAUUGGACAUUGAAUACUUGACAAUUGAACGAACGGAACGUGUUUUGUUUGAAACUACAUUUCCAUUUUGUUUUUAAGUUGUCACUUUUAGAAAUUAACAGCACAUCGAUUUUUCCACAAACAUUAUACUACACAUAUGCAUAUAUGUUUGUGUGACUUUCCGUGUAGUUUAGUGGUGUGGUGUGGUCCUGAACAAUAAAGUCAGGAAGAAUCUUCUUCUUCUCUUCAAAAUGGUGUUUCUUUGGGUUUUCUACGACACCUCCCCCCUCGCGGCCUCCCGCACCUUCUCUUCUUAAUUCAUUCUAAAGUAAGCCUUAUUACUUACACACACACAAAAACAAAAUAGGAUUCUUAAGGUUUGUAAAUGCUCUGCUCUACGCCAUUUUUUUUACACAUAAACAUAUCUGCGUGUUUCUUUCUCUUUUGGUUUCAAAAACACUCAGGAGCAUCUGUUUUUUUGGUUUUUUGGUGAAAUUAGCAUCUGAUAGAUGGAUUGUUUAAUGAUAUUUGACACAUUCUAUUAUUGUUGUUAUACGGGAUUUUCCUGUCAAGAGUUAAAUGUUCAAUAUAAUUGCCUUUGUUUUACUGGUUAACGAAAAUCCUGGUGCGGAAAUCAACUUUCUUCUUUUUUUACAUCUAAUGUGUCUUUUUUUAAAUGAUCACACAUAUGCACAUCUCUUUUCUUCGGCUCUUUGUGUAUAUUACCAUUGGUUUGAAUCUCCGCCUUCUCCUCCUCCCCGUCCUCUUUGGAUAUAGUGCCGCUUUUGCAUCGCUUUAAUGCCUUUACUUUCUCUAUACACAUGCACAGACACUCUCACACACACACCAGAAAAUAAACAGCUGUACUUUAAUACAAAGUCUCUUUGGUUCUGUCACUGAUGCCUCUUCUCCUUAUUAUUAUUAUUAUUAUUAUUA